AAUGAUGAAAUAAUGUCUUAUAAUUAUAAUCAGAGACGAAGAUAGUAUUAGAUUCGUUCUUUUGUGCAUGAAUCUAUUGGCUAAUAUAUAUGUGGAAGGCUUACACGUAUUCACUCGUCAUGCAAGCAUGGAAUAGGUGGUGGUGCCAAGUAUCAAGUCAAUUAAGUUUAAGUGUCCACAGAAUAACACGAAGUGCUUUUUAGUUUAAGAUAUGCAUGAAAAAAUAUUUAAAGAAAAAAGAAAACAUAAAUAAAACUUUCAAUCAAUAAAAUAUUAUUUAAUUUAAGAAAAAAAAAUUAUUUUCAAUAUUUUUACACUCACUUUAAAUCAAACCAUGUUAUCUUUCUUUUUCUAUUAUAGUUUCUAGCAAAGGAAAGAGGGUAAUAUGGAAGAAUUAGGUGGAGGUGUUGAUCAAGUGAGGGGAGGUGCAGAAGAGAGGAGAAUGAAGAUGAAGGUUAUGGUAGCAAUAGAUGAAAGUGAUGGAAGCUUCUAUGCUCUUAAUUGGGCCCUUGAUAACCUCUUCAAUGUUAUGACUAGUACUAGUACUAUAGGAACAUCAACAAAUGAAAAUGAGGGAAUGCUUUUUCUUGUUCAUGUUGAACCUAUUUUCCAUAACUAUGUGUACCCUAUUGGACCAUCUGGUGCUGCAUUUUAUCCAGCAUCUGUAGUUGUGGACUCAGUCAAGAAAGGCCAGCAAGAAAGAUCUGCAGCUCUUCUUUCACGGGCUUUACAAAUAUGCAAGGAUAAGCAGAUAAAAGCAGAAAGUGUAAUUCUUAAUGGAGAUCCGAGGGAAAUGAUUUGCCAAGCUGCAGAACAAAUGCAAGUUGAUCUCUUAAUCAUGGGUAGUCGAGGCCUUGGCAAACUUCAAAGAGCAUUUCUUGGAAGUGUAAGCGACUAUUGUGCACAUCAUGCAAAAGCACCUAUUCUCAUUGUGAAACCACCAGAUGAGCACCAUAAAAAGCACUCCUAAUUUUAUGUUCAAUUAAUUAGAUCUGAUCUAAUGGAUAUUUAUAUCUCUGUCUGUGUCCUUUUUGCUUCAGAACACUAUGUUGGUGUUUGGUGUUUGCUACACUUUUUGUUCUGUAACUAAUGAUGAAUGUAGAAAGAAUUAA